AUGGCUCUACGCGGGGGCCCACUCACCGCUCUAGCUAGCCCACUCAACGCUCUAGCACGCCCACUCACCGCUCUAGCUAGCCAACUCACUGCUCUAGCUAGCACACUCACCGCUCUAGCUAGCCAACUCUCCGCUCUAGUUAGCCAACUCUUCGCUCUAGCUUGCCCACUCACCGCUCUAACUUGCCCACACACCGCUCUAGCCCGCCAACUCACCGCCCUAGCUUGCCCACUCACCGCUCUAACUUGCCAACUCACCGCUCUAGCUAGCCAACUCAUCGCUCUAGCUAGCCCACACACCGCUCUAGCUAGCCCACUCACCGCUGUAACUUGCCAACUCACCGCGAUAGCUAGCCAACUCACCGCUCUAGCUAGCCAACUCACCGCUCUAGCUAGCACACUCACCGCUCUAGCUAGCCAACUCACCGCUCUAGCUAGCCCACUCACCGCUCUAGCUAGCCAACUCUCCGCUCUAGCUAGCCAACUCUCCGCUCUAGCUAGCCCACUCACCGCUCUAGCUAGCCAACUCUCCGCUCUAGCUUGCCCACUCACCGCUCUAGCUAGCCCACUCACCGCACUAGCUAGCCAACUCACUGCUCUAGCUAGCCCACAUACCGCUCUAGCUAGCCAACUCACCGCUCUAGCUAGCCAACUCACCGCUCUAGCUAGCCCACACACCGCUCUAGCUAGCCAACUCACCGCUCUAGCUAGCACACUCACCGCUCUAGCUAGCCAACUCACCGCUCUAGCUAGCCCACUCACCGCUCUAGCUAGCCAACUCUCCGCUCUAGCUAGCCAACUCUCCGCUCUAGCUUGCCCACUCACCGCUCUAACUUGCCCACACACCGCUCUAGCCCGCCAACUCACCGCCCUAGCUUGCCCACUCACCGCUCUAACUUGCCAACUCACCGCUCUAGCUAGCCAACUCAUCGCUCUAGCUAGCCCACACACCGCUCUAGCUAGCCCACUCACCGCUGUAACUUGCCAACUCACCGCGAUAGCUAGCCAACUCACCCCUCUAGCUAGCCAACUCACCGCUCUAGCUAGCACACUCACCGCUCUAGCUAGCCAACUCACCGCUCUAGCUAGCCCACUCACCGCUCUAGCUAGCCAACUAUCCGCUCUAGCUAGCCAACUCUCCGCUCUAGCUAGCCCACUCACCGCUCUAGCUAGCCCACUCCCCGCUCUAGCUAGCCCACUCACCGCGCUAGCUAGCCAACUCACCGCUCUAGCUAGCCCACAUACCGCUCUAGCUAGCCAACUCACCGCUCUAGCUAGCCAACUCACCGCUCUAGCUAGCCCACACACCGCUCUAGCUAGCCAACUCACCGCUCUAGCUAGCACACUCACCGCUCUAGCUAGCCAACUCACCGCUCUAGCUAGCCCACUCACCGCUCUAGCUAGCCAACUCUCCGCUCUAGCUAGCCAACUCUCCGCUCUAGCUUGCCCACUCACCGCUCUAACUUGCCCACACACCGCUCUAGCCCGCCAACUCACCGCCCUAGCUUGCCCACUCACCGCUCUAACUUGCCAACUCACCGCUCUAGCUAGCCAACUCAUCGCUCUAGCUAGCCCACACACCGCUCUAGCUAGCCCACUCACCGCUGUAACUUGCCAACUCACCGCGAUAGCUAGCCAACUCACCCCUCUAGCUAGCCAACUCACCGCUCUAGCUAGCACACUCACCGCUCUAGCUAGCCAACUCACCGCUCUAGCUAGCCCACUCACCGCUCUAGCUAGCCAACUAUCCGCUCUAGCUAGCCAACUCUCCGCUCUAGCUAGCCCACUCACCGCUCUAGCUUGCCCACUCCCCGCUCUAGCUAGCCCACUCACCGCGCUAGCUAGCCAACUCACCGCUCUAGCUAGCCCACAUACCGCUCUAGCUAGCCAACUCACCGCUCUAGCUAGCCAACUCACCGCUCUAGCUAGCCCACACACCGCUCUAGCUAGCCAACUCACCGCUCUAGCUAGCCCACUCACCGCUCUAGCUAGCCAACUCACCACUCUAGCUAGCACACUCACCGCUCUAGCUAGCCAACUCAUCGCUCUAGCUAGCCCACACACCGCUCUAGCUAGCCCACUCACCGCUGUAACUUGCCAACUCACCGCGAUAGCUAGCCAACUCACCCCUCUAGCUAGCCAACUCACCGCUCUAGCUAGCACACUCACCGCUCUAGCUAGCCAACUCACCGCUCUAGCUAGCCCACUCACCGCUCUAGCUAGCCAACUAUCCGCUCUAGCUAGCCAACUCUCCGCUCUAGCUAGCCCACUCACCGCUCUAGCUUGCCCACUCCCCGCUCUAGCUAGCCCACUCACCGCUCUAGCUAGCCAACUCACCGCUCUAGCUAGCCAACAUACCGCUCUAGCUAGCCAACUCACCGCUCUAGCUAGCCAACUCACCGCUCUAGCUAGCCCACACACCGCUCUAGCUAGCCAACUCACCGCUCUAGCUAGCCCACUCACCGCUCUAGCUAGCCAACUCACCACUCUAGCUAGCACACUCACCGCUCUAGCUAGCCAACUCACCGCUCUAGCUAGCCCACACACUGCUCUAGCUAGCCCACUCACCGCUCUAGCUUGUCCACUCACCGCUCUAACUUGCCCACACCUCUCUCUAGCCCGCCAACUCACCGCCCUAGCUUGCCCACUCACCGCUCUAACUUGCCAACUCACCGCUCUAGCUAGCCAAGUCUCCGCUCUAGCUAGCCCACUCACCGCUCUAGCUUGCCCACUCACCGCUCUAGCUAGCCCACUCACCGCUCUAGCUAGCCCAUUCACCGCUCUAGCUAGCCCACUCACCGCUCUAGCACGCCCACUCACCGCCCUAGCUUGCCCACUCACCGCUCUAGCUAGCCGACCCCACUCACCGCUCUAG